AAAAAUACAAUGAAGUCAACGAGUAAAAUGAAUACAAAACAGUCUUAUUAUGAAAAAAACGCAGAAUAUUAUAUUGACUAUCCACCAGAACUUCAACCAACAUCGUGUGUACUUGCGAAGAAUGGAUGGUUCCAGCGUCACCAAAAAUAUAAUCCGCAAUUAAUAUGCUUAGGAGCAGCCGCGCUUGUACUAAUGUCAGGAUGCAUGCAAAUAGCGUAUAAUUUCCUGUUGCCAGAAAAAUAUCUUGGUCUCUCUUGGUUUAUUGGCGGAAUUAUUGGAACGGUGUUUAGUGCAAUUGUCUGUAGCUAUAUUAACAAGAAAAUAUUAUAUCGUUUGCAAUCUCUCUUGGUGGCAUUGCUAGUGGACUACUAUUUAUACCUUUAUUGGUGUUGGCUGGAGAGGAAUCAGUAAAGAGGUCGCGUGGCAUGAUAGCUUCAUCCGUUGAAGCAAUGCCUUUCGCAUUGGGCAUGUACUUAUGCUCUAUAUUUAAUACGAAAAGGGGAUUUUAUUCAGAUUGAGCAUAUAGUAUGUUGCAAUUGAUAGAAGUACUAAGCAUUGCUUGUGGUGUUCUUGCAUUCAUAAUAGUUUUCUUUUUAUACAUAGAAUCACCAGUAUUUUACUUAGUUCGUAAUGAAGAAAAUCAAGCAUUUGAUUCUUUACGCCGUCUCCAACGUCCAUUUGUGACAAUAUAUGAAACUUAUCAACAACUGGAAGAACACAAAGCAUAUGUAGCACAUAACAAAAAAAUGUCACUUGGAGUUAGUAUAGUUUCUGGUUUACCAGCUCUAUUGAAGCUGUGUAUAUAUCGUGGUUUGGUUGCAUUGAGUUAUUCAUAUUUAACUACUUAUGCUUUUCGCUUUGCUUCAAGUAUGACUUAUUCCGUUGAAGUGUGGACUUUUAUAUUCAUGGGCCCUCUACGUAUUCAUAAUAGAUUAUAUUGGACGUAAAAAACCUAUGUUGUUCGGUUCUCUAAUAUGUGGAGGAAUUGCAAUUGGAAUAGCUUUACAAUUUGAUACUCACGUCCUUGAUUGGCAAAACGACGAUAGAAUGACAACAGUUUUAUACUUAUUCUUCGUAUUCCAGUUCUUCGUUGGAGUCUUCAUUGGUCCUUCUUCGGCAUAUUUAAGUGAAGCAUUUCCAUUAGCUGUUAAACCAAUUUUCAUAGGAAUUGCUUUCAUUGUUGAAAUAUUGGUGCAAAUUAUUUGUAUACUUCCUUCUGAUUACCAUUCUGAUCACCAUAUCGAGAAUAUACUUGCUUCUGAUAUUCCCAUUUUUUUCUAUGCCACUGCAUCAAUCUUCUUUGUUUUCUUUUUCAUUGGAUUGUUGACGUUACCAGAAACAAAACAAGAUACUUUGCUUGAAGCACAAAUAAAAUUUAGAAAAUUUCGCUAGAUAAAAAUAUAUCCAAUACAAUACACACAUAACACAUAUCUAUUAAUCUUUACACUAAGAUUACGAAUCUUCUUCGUAACUGAUUUUGAGAUGAAUAAUAAC